CGGGCUUCCCGGUGCGGCGGGCGCCGCCGGGGGCUCGUAGGCCGCAUGCGCGAGGCCUCGUAGCGUCACUCCGGGGCACUGGGGGCGGGUGCGCGCUGCGCCGCGGGCUCCGGUUCGUCGAGACGUCGUGUGGGGAGGGGUCGCAGCCGCCGCCCCACGCACCGCGGAAGGAGGGCGGGGCCCGAGCGCUGGGCCCGGCCUGAGCGGGGCGGCGGCGGCUACGGCGGCUGCUGCGAGCGGGCGGCGAAGGGCGAGCGGACCCGCGGGCGCGGCACUCGGCGAGGAGCUGAGGCGCCGCGGGGAUGAAGGACCGGCUGGCUGACCUAGCAGAGUGUAAAGGAAAUGAAGAUGGAGAGACUGUUGUUGUUGAAAAAGACCAUUUUAUGGAUGACUUUUUCCAACAGGUUGAGGAAAUUAGAAAUAACAUAGCAAAAAUAGCACAGAAUGUGGAAGAAGUGAAAAAACAGCACAGCAUUAUCUUGUCAGCACCAAAUCCUGAAGGGAGAACAAAGGAGGAACUUGAAGAAUUAAAUGAGGAAAUAAAGAAGAUUGCUAAUAAAAUUCGAGCUAGGUUAAAAGCUAUUGAACAAAGCUUUGAUCAGGGUGAAAAUGCGAAUCGAACAUCAGUGGAUCUCAGAAUAAGAAAAACUCAGCACUCUGUAUUAGCUCACAAGUUUGUGGAGGUCAUGACGGAAUACAACGAGACCCAAACUCUUUUUCGAGAGCGCAGCAAAGGUCGGAUACAGAGGCAAUUAGAGAUAACUGGAAAGACCACCACUGAUGAGGAACUGGAGGAAAUGUUAGAGAGUGGUAAUCCUUCAAUUUUCACUUCUGACAUUAUAUCAGACUCCCAAAUAACUAGGCAAGCUCUGAAUGAAAUUGAGUCACGGCACAAGGAUAUUAUGAAACUGGAGUCCAGUAUACGGGAGCUACACGAAAUGUUUAUGGACAUGGCUAUGUUUGUUGAGACUCAGGGUGAAAUGAUCAACAACAUAGAAAAGAAUGUGAUGAGUGCAACAGAUUAUGUGGAACAUGCUAAAGAAGAGACAAAGAAGGCGGUUAAAUAUCAAAGUAAAGCACGAAGGAAAAUGUGGAUUAUUAUCAUUGUGUCAUUGGUGUUGAUCGUCGUAAUUGGUCUAAUUAUUGGUUUGUCUGUUGGUAUUCGGUGAUGCUUGGGUAACUUCAGCAUGCAUGACUUCCUGCCAGUGUGGCAAAAUUGAUAUUCAUAAUUAUAUGUGUAACUGUACUACUUCUGAUACUUGGAAUUAUCCUAGCAACAACACUAUCAUAGCAAGCGUAUUCUAAAAGCUACACACUUCCAGAAGCUCCAAAAGAUAUCUUCAGUAAAACCAAACUUUUUUUGAUAGAAGAUGCCUUACACAGAUAUGUGAUGAUGACCUAUCAUUAAUGGCUAAAAUGAAAACAGUCACUCCUAAUGUUUACUUAUAAAUGAAGAUUGGAAUGUACCAGGUUAUGUAUAUUUUUGUCAUAAGCUAUACAUUUACAGUAAGACUGAAACUUGCUUUUAAUCGUUUUGAACUAAAGCAACUUGGAUGCUUUCGUAUUUCAGUGUUACAAACAGUUUCAAUAGGGAGUUAAGAUACUUGAGUUUUGACUGUUUGAAUUUUUUUAUUCCUAUUGCCACUAUAAUUCUAAUCACAAUUUUUAUAACCUUGCCCGUGCUGCUUCUAAGUUAGUACUUCUGUGAAUAUAUUUUUAACUGUAGCUAUGCCUCUAAAUAUAUUUAUUCAUCUUAACCUGUCUAAGCUUAUUACUUAAAGGUUAUUUCUGGCAAGUGAGAAAAUAUUUUAUCCUGAAACAUCACUUUAGAUAUUUACUGGUCUGCCUCUUACAUUACACUUCGAAAAGCAAAGAUUUAAAAAAAAAAAAAAAACUUAGCAGUUUUUUUCCUAUA